GAGAGGACUAUAAGGGGUGUGCAUAAGAGCACAAAAGUGCCUACCGUUCCUGUCCUAUUGUUCCCUUUCAUUAUAUCAAAUUAAUAUAGUUGCUGCAUACUUUUGCUUAUAUAUAUGUUUUUCUUUUUAUGACGUGUUGCUGUUUUAUAUCAAUGUUUGCGUAUACUGUCCUGACAAAAUAAAAUAAAAUAAAAAUAAUUACGCAGAAUCCACUAGGGGGCGCCUUCUGCCACGAGAAGGGGAAAUCAGGGACUUCCCCAUUGGCCCACCGGAGGACGAAAGACACGCCUACCUUUGGAGAGGAGGCUGGGAAGGAAAUGACAUCAUAGAGCCUUGCCCCUCUAGGACCUUGCACUCGCUCUCCUUAACCCCUGGGGCUCCGCGGAGGCGGAGAGGCUGCGGGAGAGUCUGGCUGGGAAGAUCCUGAUGUGUCCCGGUCUCAGAUACAGAAACUUGAAGCUAUUUGAAAUCUUUGCAAGGCAAAAUUUAUUGGGGGGGAAAAGAGCAGAAUAACUUGGAGGGAUCAAUCCUGAGGCACCAGAAAUGGUCCUGUGAAGGAAAAGGCAUCUGGAGACCCAGAAGAGUCCUCGGAGCCAUUUGGAGUUGGUCUGCAGGAGAGAGAAAGGAUGGAGACACAACUUUUGGGAAAGGAGGGAGCCGGAAAAGAUCCUUCAGCUGCUCAGCCUGGGAACGGGAGGAAGCUCUGGACAAGGAUUGGGCAGAAGAUCCUGGAGGAGAAAACCAUCCUCCCUUCAGAAGUUCUGCCCUGGAACUUCAUCCAAUACCGGGAGGCUGAAGGUCCCCGAGGACUUUGCAGCCGACUCCAUGACAUUUGUAGGCGAUGGCUGAGACCAGAAAAACACACCAAAGCCCAGAUGCUGGACCUGGUGGUUCUGGAGCACCUCCUGUUCCUUCUGCCCCCAGAGAUGGAGGGCUGGGUGAGGGAAUGUGGAGCAGAAACCAGCUCCGAGGCGGUGGCCCUGGCUGAAGGCUUCCUCCUGAGCCAGAUAGAGGAGCAGAUGGAGCAGGUCGAAUUGCAGGGCUGCACUGUGGAAAUAAGGGAUCCUGAGGGAAAGAAGAAUCCAUCAAAGACCCCUCAGGAGCUCUUUUUCAGGAGGAUCCCUUGGGUAGAUCAAAGUCAGGACACCUCAGGAGAGAAACAAAGCAUGACGUUUUCUGGUUGUUACGAUGGAGCUCAAGCAGUGGUUGAACCUCCAAAUCAACUGACCGACUUCGCCGACAUGUUCAGCAAGAAGGAGGCGGACCAAUUACCCCCGCAGCAGCCCUACGAUUGCCCCGUGGACCUUCUGUAG